AUGCCUAUAGAGAACACGGUAGACAUCGAUGACCUUAGCGAAGAACUUCGAUACACACAGCGUAGGCUACGAGAGUUGCAGAAAGCUAUUCCACCCCUCCCUAAACCUCAGCUAUUGUAUGAAAAAAUUGUGUCUCAAUGUUUCGAUACUUAUGCUUGUACGGAAGCUGUCUCAGUUGCGUACCUUGUAUGCACUCCCUCCAUUGCUCAUUGCCUUGAGAACAAUGUCAGAAGAGUUCUGGAGACCCUCAUGCGCCAGCCCCAAGAAGUGCGCCAAGGUGAACCCCUACUGAUGGACAUGGAAACCAUCGAGAUAGUCAUUUCAGAUCAUUUGCAAACCCUUACGUCACUGCACGACACCCUUGAGAAUUUGCGCCUAAACGUGCAAGACACGAAGGACCAGGAGACCCUGGCGUUUGAGAACCACGUUCGCUCCACCCUUAGUAAGCUGGAGCAGCUUACACUGGAAGUGAAAACCAACGUAGUCGGCUCCUCCCGUAGUAAGGAAAGUAAGCCCGAUCCAGAAGACGACAACGUCGGUGAGCGCGAGGGAAUCCAAAGGAUUCAAGAAGAAAAUGACAUCAUCGAAAGAAACGCAAAUUUCAUGGAGGGUAUAGAGGAACCCGAAGAGGCAGCACAGGAAGGAGAUGAAGAACCCGUCGAUGCGGAAGACCGAGUGGACGAUGAUCCCAAUGAUCUACCGGAAGAGGACGAUGAAGAAAUUAUUGUGUCUCGAAUUCAGCAAGAGCUCAGGAACACGGAACAAGCUAUUCUCGAUUUCGAUAGGAUGUUGCGUCAACUAGAAGAAGAGCGCCUGUGCCCCCCGCGACGAUACGAUCAGGGAUACAUUAACAAAGCUCAUGAACGAUUCAUGAGAUGUGCUUUCUGCGAAGCAGUCGGAUAUCAUUACUCAGACUCCUGCACGGUGGUCCGCGACGUAGCGAGCAGAAGACAGCUUAUUGAAAGCAACAAUAGAUGCGAGCAAUGUCUCGAAGUAAUUUGCGCCCGAGGACUCACCUGUAAAAAGAGCCUUACUAUCUGCUUCUACUGUCGUAGUCGAGGCCACCACAGCGCACUCUGCGAAUUGCCGGACUACAGUGAAAGCAUCCGCUCACGGAAAGCGAAUGCACAUGAAGCGAGGAGGAGAAGCUUUGCAAAACUGUGCCGCCUACGAGAAGAAUUGGCCCUUCUCAGGAAUCACUCUUAA